AAUUCUUUAAUUCUUCGUGUUUUUGUUUUGUUACAAAAAACUAAAAUUAAUUUGCAAGUGUGUGUCAAAAACAAUAAAAACAAUAAAUAAAACUUUACAAAAACAACAUUAUUAGUGUUAUCUCUACUUACCGGUUCUUGUUUUUGUGCUUUUCAUUUAAAAAUUACUCGGGUUCGUGUGUUUGUACGUGAAUCGUUUUAACAGUGUACGUGUGUUUGUUUUGGUUUCUCAAUGCACUCGUUUGUUUUUUUUUCGUAUUAAGAAGCCGGGUUUCUUUUUGAUUUGUUUUGAAUAUUAAAAACAAAACAAACUUCACUAAUAACUAAUUUUUAUAGUUUUUUAGUGUUUACAAACAUUUACCUGAAGAACUAAAAACAGUAACAAAAAUAAACAAUUUUGGUUUAUACCUAUACUCUCUCACUUGUAACCAAAAAAACAAAAAGAAGAAAAAAAACUCCGAAAAGCAAACAAAUUGCGUAUUAAGUUUGUUGUUUCAUUUUGGACUAUAUUUUGUAAAGGAUUUUAAAUUUGAGCAUGUCCCAAGGACAAAGGGAUACGAUUAUACAUUUAGUAGCUGGCGGAACUGCUGGUACAGUUGGUGCCGUUGUAACAUGUCCCCUAGAAGUUGUAAAAACGCGUUUACAAAGUUCAACAGCAGCAUUUCAAACACCGCCACGAGUUGUUGAAAAUCCCAGUUCCACAAAUGCAUCCUCCGAAUUAUUACGACCUGAACAGAGACGUAAACUCAGCACAACGAUAUUACGUAACAGGUCCCAACCACAGGUGAUUGGGGGUGUUCGUAGGUUUUUACAAAAAUAUUUCCAGAUAAUGGCAAUUUCACAUUGUGGCAUCUCAUCGUCAUCUACAAAAAGUAUGAGCAUAUUGCAGUGUUUGAGACACAUAGUACAAAAUGAAGGACCCAAAGCAUUAUUUAAAGGUCUUGGACCGAAUCUCGUUGGUGUUGCACCAUCACGUGCCAUAUACUUUUGCACAUAUUCACAAACCAAAAAUUUCCUCAAUAAUUUAGGAUUAAUGCAACCUAAUUCACCACAAGUUCAUAUUGUUAGUGCAGCUAGUGCCGGUUUUGUUUCCUCUUCCAUAACAAAUCCAAUUUGGUUUGUUAAAACACGUUUACAAUUGGACUAUAAUUCCAAAGUUCAAAUGACCGUCAGACAAUGUAUCGAACGUGUUUAUACUCAGGGUGGUAUUGCGGGCUUUUACAAAGGUAUUACCGCCAGCUAUUUUGGCAUCUGUGAGACAAUGAUACAUUUCGUAAUCUAUGAAUUUAUCAAAUCGAAAUUGAUUGAACAGCAAAAUCUCCGCCAAAAUAGGCAUCAUACGGAUACUUCAAAGACCUCCAGAGAUUUUCUUGAAUUUAUGAUGGCUGGUGCCGUAUCAAAGACUGUUGCCUCAUGUAUUGCUUAUCCACAUGAAGUUGCGCGAACGCGUCUACGUGAAGAGGGUAGUAAAUAUAAUAAAUUUUGGCAAACAUUACAUACGGUAUGGAAGGAAGAGGGUAGAGCUGGUUUAUAUAGAGGCUUGGGUACACAACUUGUUCGACAAAUACCAAAUACUGCUAUAAUGAUGGCAACCUAUGAAGCUGUGGUUUACGUUUUAACACGACGUUUUAAUAAUAAAAGUAAUGAGUUUUAUGAUUUUUAAAAUAACUGUUUCCUUAACCUUUAGCUAGGCUUAACAAAGUUUUAAAACCUUAAAAACACAAACUUGAAAAGUUUGUUGUUUUUGUAUGGUAACAUUAUCUGUUUUGUAGAAGAAGACUUAUUUAGUUAACAAACAACAAAGAGGUAAAAUCUUAAAAAUCCUCAAAAAAAAAUAGUAAAACACACUGUUUUUGAAACCAAAAGAAAGAAAUCAUAUUUAUACAAGUAUCUGUAGUUUAUGAGCGCUAAAAUUGUAGUUUUAGUUGAACAAACAAA